ACCCAAGUGGACCAAGUAUAAAUUGUCACAAAUUAAUGGAAAUUGUAUCAGUUGUUGACUCAGCUAAUCCCAAACCAUUCAGAGCAUCAUGAACUCCUUGGUAAUUGUAGCUUUCUUCGCCGCUUUGGCAGCCACUAGCGCUUCAGUCAUUGCUCCUUCAGCAAGGAUUAUCCAAGGACCAAGCGCAAGAGCUACAAUAGCAGGACCUGACGGCAGCGUGAUCUCGUCCGUAGCUCCAGGAGGAAAAAUCAUCGCUGAAAAUCAUGCAGGAUAUGUCGCUCAAGCAGCUCCAGUAGUCUCAGCCCCUGUAGUGUCCACUUAUGCUACCCACGGUGCCUAUGCUCUUCCCGCUUACAGCGCAUACUCCACCCCCGUAGUAUCUGCUUACUCUCCCCCUUUGGUGUCUGCUCAUGCGGCUCCGUCAGUAGUUGCCAGUGGUGUAGUAGCUCACAGAUCUGUUGACACAGUAGUUGCUGGUCCAUCCGGUACUAUCGCUACCAGCAAGACUGUCGCAGCCCCCGCUGUCUACUCCGCCCCAGCAGUUUAUGCCGCCCAUGGAGUUCAUGGACUUUACCUCUAAAUGAGUUCGGAGUUGUUUCUUCGAAUAUUUGACUGGUUUAAUAAAUAGUUUAUGAGUUUUCUCAA